AACACAUCGAGCUAAUAUUUCCUUAUCGAAUACAGUGACAUUUUCUUCUCGAGUACGUCUUUACUUCUUAUCAGGGAUAAACAUAAAUAAACGACCACCUGUCCCAGAAAGGCACCCGUAUUUAGCGCCAUUAUGGACCUAAAGAGUUUCUCAGCGAAUUCCCCGAAGUCGGCAUCGUUUGGACAGCUGUUCCGGUAUGCAACGGCUUUUGACAGGUUCCUGAUCCUAGUGGGCAGUGUCUUCGCUAUAGCUGUAGGCGGAGGAUGGCCAGCUCUGUCCGUCAUCUUUGGAGAAUUGACCGACACGUUCGUGACAGGCCCGGGUGGCGCUCAGUUGAUCUGUGUUAAUGGAACCAUCAGUUUCAACGUCACCGGAAAUGUGACCGGAAACAACUCGACCGUGGAUGAAUUUAAUGACAAAAUGACCACGUACGCCUUCUACUAUUUGUACAUUGCCGGCAUUGUUCUAGUCUCAGGGUACUUACAGAUUAUGUGUUGGACGACGACUUGCGAGAGGCAGGUUUACACUAUUCGGAAAGUCUACUUCCGGUCCAUAGUCAGACAGGAAAUAGGUUGGUUUGACAAACAUCAGAGCGGGGAGUUGACUACUCGACUAGCAGACGAUAUUGGAAAAGUCAAAGAUGGAUUGGGAGACAAAUUCAGCUUCACUCUUCAGUACACCGCACAGUGUCAUAUAAUAUAUUGA